AUGUUUAUAGCUGAAAAUGGUGCGGUUCAUUUUCCACAACCUGAUCCGGAUUACCUAUCGUUGCCAACACCACCGGCACGACACAUGAGUAUAACGUCGCAAGCUCUCAGUGAUGUGCCAAGUGAAAUUAUUAUUAAAUCCCGUAUCAAAUAUGGUACAAGAUGGUCGGCCUGUCAAGGACUUAUGGCUGAAUAUUCGAAAAGUACUUCCGUGCAUGGAUUACGUUAUAUUUUUGAAGUACAUCGGCCGUUUUAUGAAAAAUUUUAUUGGAUUGUCCUGAUGCUGAUCUCAUUUUACUUUGCCAUGUCCUUGAUGUGGGAUACCUAUUUGAAAUGGUUGGAUUCACCGGUUAUUUUGGGCUUCGAUGAAACCCUGGUGCCAGUUAGUAAAAUACCCUUUCCCACCAUCACCAUUUGCCCGGAAAUCAAAAUGAAUCGUGAUGAAGAUUUUGAUUUUACAAAAGUUGCCGAGAAGAUCCAGUCCGAAAUCGAGGAAUACGAAAGUUUUAAAAAUGCCGGCAAUUUAACCGAUGAAGAAAUUCAAAAAUUCGUGGCAACACUGCAAAUCUGUGAAAGUGAAGUUUUGGAUAAAUAUACUCCGUAUAUGCCCAAAAACCUAGAGGUAGAUGUACCCCAAACCCUGGUGGAUUUGGCAUUGGUACCCAAUACCACAUUGCCGUUUUGUAAAUGGAAUGGCCGUUUCUAUUUUUGCCAUUACCUCUUUAAAUAUGUCCUGACCGAUGAGGGAAUUUGUUAUCAGUUUAAUGGCUUACAUCCCAAGGAUAUCUACCGUGAUCCAAAUUAUCUCAGCUAUUCGGAUAAAACCGUAAUCAAUUACAAUAAUUAUUUCGACACGGAAUUGCCGCAAUAUAAAGAUGUGACCGGCAAUUGGUCUCUGGAUGAUGGUUAUGUUGAUCAAGGCUUCAAUGCCUAUCCGCAAAGAUCGGUUUUGUCAUCGGCCCGUAAUGGUCUGUUUGUUUUUAUGAUGGGCUUUGAACAUAAUUUUGAUUAUACCUGUCGGACCUUUAAACAGGGUUACAAGGUUUUUCUCAAUUCGCCUGAAAGUGUACCGCUAACCACAGGCAAUUACAUUUUGGUAUCCCAUGACGAUGAGGUUUUGGUUUCAAUUUUACCACAAUACGUUACGUCCACAGAAAAUUUACAUCAAUUUGGGCCAGAUAAGAGACAGUGUUACUUCAACGAUGAACGCUAUUUGCGUUAUUUCAAAUCCUAUUCCCAGAGUAAUUGUCAAACGGAAUGUUUGGCCAAUUACACGAUAAGCAAAUGUGGAUGUGCCAAAUUUUGGAUGCCAAAACCCAUGGAUAUACCAACAUGUGGCCUAUCGCAAGUCAGCUGUUAUACGAAAGCCGAAACUGAAAUGAAUUUAAUUAUAUCGAAUCAAACUAAACAGAAAUCUGUGGAUCCCAGUGUUGAAAUAAUGUGUGACUGUAUACCAUCUUGUAAUUCGCUGGAUUAUAAUUUUGAAAUAUCGCGUUCCUAUUAUGAUUUUGAAAAGACGGUCUUGGCGCAAAGAGAUAGCUAUGAACAUGAUGAUGGCCGUGCUGCCCGCUUGUCUGUGUACUUCAAGGAACCCCAAUUCACUGCCAUUAAACGUACCGUUAUGUACGGCAUUACCACGCUGAUAGCUAAUUGUGGCGGAAUUUUUGGCCUGUUCAUGGGUAUUUCCAGUUUGAGUUUAAUCGAAUUUAUUUACUUCUUUUCGGUACGCCUGUGCAGUAAUCUCCAAAAGCGGCGACUCAUCAAGAAGAAAAUACUGCAGCAUGAAGUGGAUUUUGGAGAUGAAGUUAAUUAG